GCACAGCGAACGGCCAUGUUUGACGACCCGCUUAACCCGGCCAAUGGUUUUGGGGACGAUAUCCGGCCCCCGUGGCCGACAACUCCCCAUACUCCCAACUCACCGCUGCUCGAAGGCCUCCGCCGAGCCUCAACCCCGAAUCCGCCAACACCUGACAAGGGUCCCACUCUGGGUCCGUUUGGGAAGGAGCCGCAAAUCUAUGGCCAGCCCGAGUCUGGGCUCAUCUCUCCGCGGGAGGCGGUCAGCUCAAACGGCGACAACUACGAGAAGCCAGAACCAUAUUUGCGUGUUCGGAUUACGGGUCUGGAUCGAAAUCGAAGAGACAUUCUGCUCAAGCUUGAUGCUCAGACAAACUUGUCGAAUUUCACGGGCACGACAUAUCGGAAUGUCUCUCGCUCGUACCUCGAGUUCCAGCAGUUGUACGAUGCGCUCGUGACCAGCAACCCCCAGACUAUUAUUCCCGCCCUCCCCUUGGCGCAGACUUCUGCCCCGACUGACGAGGAGGACGACCGGCUGGUGAAGAUCAUGCUGCAGCGGUGGAUUGCGCGCGUGUCAGAGGACCCAAUCCUGAUCACCGACGAAGACCUGCGGUCGUUUAUUGAGAAUGAUUUUGGCUACCAGCCGACACCGAAACCGAGGAGGAAGGGCAGCUCUGGGUUCGGCAUCAUGCGGAGAGGGGUGCCAGAUGAAGACGAGGAUUUGCAGCGGGCACGAUUCGAGUUGACAAAGUUGGAGGGCCAGUUUUUCGACACGGCAAAGGCGGUGGACAAGCUGUCUAUUUCACGGAAAUCACUGGCUGUGGCGCAUGCUGAAAUGGGCAAUAAACUCAUCAAUGUGGCGACCACCGAGGCGCAUCCUCCGCUUGGAAAUGCAUUCCGCAAGAUUGGACGUGCUUGGCAUAGUCUUGCUGAUCUCGACCAGGCGCAGGCCAUCAGCGAGUGUGUCAUUAUUGGGGACUCGUUGGGUUAUCAGGGAAUGAACGCGCGUUCUGCUAAAGAGACCCUGCUUAUGAGGACGGGUGUGUUGGAAGAGUACCAGGCUGCCGUAAAAACGACGAUUUCUAAACGCCGACAAAUUGAGCGUCUUAAAGCGAGCUCAAAUAUCCGCCCUGAACGAGUUGAUGAAGCGCUAGAAGAGAUGGAGGAGGCUGACAAAUAUGAGCAAACAUUGGCUCGUCGUGCACAGGGCAUUUCGCAAAACCUCCACCAAGCAUUGCAGACACACAACCGCUUCGCCAACGACGACAUUACGACAGCAUUAAUCGAGCAUACGCGGUCCUCGAUUAUGUAUGAACGACAACUUCUCCGUGAGUUGGAGGCAUUGCGUGCCGAUGUGGCUACCGCAGCGGACAAAUGGGUGCCACCAGCAAAUGGAGUCCCCAAACCACCUGUUAUUCCCGGUUUGGAAGAAUCACUAAAACCGACUCCACCCCCGCCCGAGCCAAAAGCUGUUCCUUCUCUUCCACCGCCUGCCCCGGCAACGAAUGGCUCCCGCUUUGCCCCAGGCACUCAACCACUACCACCUCACAUCCAAACACCACAACAAAGAGCACCGUUCCAAUCAUUCAGUCAAUCAUUAGCAAACCCGCUGGGUCACCAAACACCCGCACCCACUCCUGGUCCUCCCUCUGCUUCGUCGACACAAGCCAUCUACGAUCGAAGUCGGGACCCACUUACCCCCUCGUCCACUCAAUCCUCUUUGCAACCAAGCCCAUCACCCUCCGUGUCCUCGUUUGCCCGCCAGUCACCCCCGACUGGGUCUUCGUCAGUUCCACCCUCUCCAAAACAAUCUCAAACGCCAACCGCGAGCAGCAAUGGGCCACCGCUUGGCGGGCGGCUGGUCGACGGCUCGAAAUCCAUGUUUAUCAAAACGCCAACCUCAGCGGUGGUCCCGCCCUCGCCGCUGUCUGCUUCGAUUUCGGCAUCUUCCCCUCUCGUUCCUUCGCCGCUGACGCCGACGCCUUCCUCCACCUUUGGACAGUCCGUUGAUCCGUUACUCGGCGCGGGCGUCGGCCCGAGCACCUUUUCGCGGACAAGCACAGCAUCUCCGCUGCACGACUCCCCCUCUUGGCGGGCCAGUCAAUGGCCGGAAUACAGUGCAUGGAGUGAAUCAUGUUCUGCGGAAUGA